AGAAAAUUACGAAUUUUCCGGGAAAAUAUUUCUACAGAGAAGGAAAAUUAAUAUUAAUUAAUUAAUGAAAAAAAAAAGCAUGGAAAUGAGAAAAUUCGCGAAUUUGCUUCCUUUUUAGCCGAGAGAAAAAACCUGCGUUAUUUGAGAAAACAAGCGACGACUUUUCCAGAUUAUUAUUUUCUGCUUUUUCCGAUUGGUUUCAUUCAUGAAUUGCGCUAGGGUUUCGUGAACUUUUCCCUCUCUUCUAAACAAUUUCGGUGAGGUUUUCAUAGAGAGAGUGAAUCAAAGGAAGGGUGAAGAGAAGAAAAACACCAUGGCUUCUUCUUCUUCUUCAGCUACUGUCGCAGUUGAGAAGGCGACCAGCGAUCUUCUUAUGGGCCCUGAUUGGACCAUGAACAUCGAAAUUUGUGACUCCAUUAAUUCUAAUCAUUGGCAGCCUAAAGAUGUGGUUAAAGCUGUGAAAAAGAGAAUACAACAUAAGAGCACUAAAGUUCAAUUACUAGCUCUCACGCUUUUGGAGACAAUGGUGAAGAAUUGUGGUGAUCAGGUCCACUUUCAAAUUGCUGAGAGGAACAUAUUGGAUGAGAUGAUCAAAAUUGUAAGGAAGAAGGCACAUAUGCAAGUGAGGGAUAAAAUUUUAGUAUUGCUGGACUCAUGGCAAGAGGCAUUUGGCGGGCCUGGUGGAAAGUAUCCUCAGUACUAUUGGGCAUAUGAGGAAUUGAAGCGAACGGGAGUAGUGUUUCCAAAGCGUUCUUUAGAUGCGUCUCCAAUAUUUACUCCACCUCCUACCCAUCAAGCUUCAGGAAGUAUGCAUGCUGGAUAUGGGAUGCCAAGCGGUUCUUCAAAAACACUUGACGAAACAAUGGCAACAGAGAUAGAAAGUUUGAGUUUGUCAAGCUUGGAAUCUAUGCGCCAUGUUAUGGACCUGUUGAGUGACAUGCUUCAAGCUGUGAAUCCUAGUGACCGUACGGCUGUAAAAGACGAAGUAAUUGUUGAUCUUGUUGAUCGCUGUCGCACCAACCAGAAAAAAUUGAUGCAGAUGCUAACAACAACUGGGGAUGAGGAGCUUCUUGGACGAGGCCUUGAACUAAAUGAUAGUAUUCAGAGUUUGCUUGCAAAACAUGAUGCAAUUGCUACAGGGAAUCCCCUUCCAAUUCAACGUGCAGGUUCCAGCACUCCACCAGGUGAAGUUCUGCCAGAUGAAGCUAACUCAAAUUUCAAUCAAACUGAUGUGCGGAGCCCCAGCCAUGAGACUGACAUGAAGAGCCCCAGCCGCAGUCCCGUAGAGUCUAUUUCAACGCCUAAAGCUAGCCCACCAGCCCCUCUCUAUUCUCAAACUUCGGGAUUGAGUGAUGAAGAGGAAGAAGAUGAAUUUGCACAGCUAGCUCGAAGACAUUCUAAGACACAGUCGGCAGCGUCAAUGAGCGUGACGUCACAUGUGGCAGAUUCCUCAACUACUGUCCCAUCCAAUGCAUUAGCUCUUCCCGAUCCACCUGCACCAGUUAGUACUGGAAAGGAUCAGGACAUUAUUGACUUGCUGAGCCUCACUUUGUCCCUCACACCAUCAACUCCACAGGAAAAUUAUACGUCAUCAGCGACCUCUGUCGAAGGAAUGCAUCAAGCAGCUAAUCCAUCCACAACAGAGGGGUAUUCUAAUGCUCCCCAAACAUAUCCCGGGAAUAAGCAAUACAACAGUUAUGUCGCGCCAUGGGCUAGGCCUCAAUCGCCGUCGGAACCUCAAGUCCAGUCACAGCAACAGAUGUAUCAACCCCAAUCUCAGUCCCGCUCCCAGUCUGCGACCCCACCCUCGUAUGAAUCCGAACAAUCACUGCAUAAUCAACCAGCUCAGUUUCAGCAAUCACAACCGUUCCAACAACAAAAUCAGCCACCUUUGCAGACCCCACCCUCGUAUGAAUCCGAACAAUCACUUAAUAAUCGACAAACUGAGUUCCAGCAAUCACAACCAUUCCAACAACAAACUCAGCCACCGUUGCAGUCCCAGCAUCCUCAAUAUAGCGUUUCACCACAGUAUCAACCCUCACACGCACAUUUGCAACCCCAACCCCAACAUUUCCAGGCCCAACCCCAACCCCAACAUUUCCAGGGUCAGCUCCGAUCCCCACCCCAACCACAGUUACAAUCUCCACCACAGCACUUUCAAGCUCCACCACAGCAGCAACGAUUUCAAAAUCAUCAGAUUCAGUACCCGGGAAGUUACCCUCCACCACCAUGGGCCUCAACACCGGGUUAUCCCAACUAUCAAAACCAUUUAUCUCCUACCAAUUCGUUAUCCAAUCCUCAAGCCAACACAACAGGGCCUUUUACAUUUCCUUCCAAUGGUGCUGGAUCUGCUGUGGGGGCAAAUUUCGGCCAAAGGAGCCCAGGCAGUACCGGCAGCGGACAACGGCCCUUUAUUCCAUCUUACAGACUAUUUGAAGAUUUGAAUGUUUUUGGAAACACAGAUGGAAGGGUGAAGAUGGCUGGUAGUGGAACGUCGUCCGGCAUGUCAGGUACAAUGGGACCUGGCAUGGUUGGAGGGCGCAAGUGAAGUUCUAUUAUUGUAAAAAGCAUGCAAUGUUGAUAUGGUUUAUACCUGUUUUUUUUUUCUAUUUAUUUUAAGGUUAUGUAAGUUAUUUAGAUUGAUUCAGCUGCAGUUUCCUACUUAUGAGUAGAUCAUAAAGUCAUUAGUUUUGAGUGUUCCCUCAGACGAUAGACUCCGGAGCAUUCUUUGAUAAAAGAUUUCUUUCUGGUAGUGGUUUCAUUUUUAAGAUUUAUUGAUCUUUGACCA